AUGAGUACCUGUCUGGAGCAUGACGUUACUCCGUUUCCUCCCCUGAUGCACGUUGACAAUCCGGUCGGCAUUUUUGACGACCUGGACAAGUUGCCUCGUCGUUUUUUAUGUGAUGCCAAACAGGAGAAGGCGUGGUACGCCGAUAGACUGCCACACUGGGUUACUUUCAACGAGCCGACCGUUGCUAUUCACUUCGCCUGA